AUGGACAAUUUUACAAUGCAAGGCAGCUUGUCGGAUAUGAAUGGCUCGUUCCGGGAUUGGUAUGAAAACCAGUUUAAUUCCAGUUCUGGGGGAAACCCACUCUUUCUUGUACCGGAAUCGUUGCCGGAUGAACUCAAGACUUUCCUCAUCAUCAUCUAUAGUGUCAUUAUGACCGGGGCUAUCAUCGGUAAUCUUCUGGUUAUUAUCGUCAUCCUUGCCAACAAGUCAAUGAGGACGAUCACAAAUGUGUUUCUGGUGUCGUUAACUAUCAGUGACACACUGAUAGCCGGCUGGAAUAUGCCUAUACAGCUAGGAUACUACAUCCAUGACGACUGGACACUAGGCGAGGUCAUGUGCAAAUUGUCCGCCUACCUCCAGACAGUCAAUGUUCAAGCUAGUAUCUUUACUCUGACCGCUGUGGCGAUAGAACGCUAUUAUGCGAUAAGUUACCCUUUGAAGUCUCGUCACGUUCGAACUGCUACACGGGCCGGCGUUCUAUUGGUUUUCAUAUGGAUAAUCACCCUUCUAAUAUCCCUGCCAUGCUGGUGGAUACAGAGGACAGAACUGAGAAUUCUUAUGCAACUGAAGAAAAUCCCGCAGAUAAAGAAUGUGGUCGUGUGUGCCGAGAAGUACAAGAAACCUAUCUAUGACGUAGUGCACACCUAUGUAAUUCUGUUUUUGAAUUACGUAAUACCCAUGAUUAUCAUGAUGUGUGCUUAUGGUAUGAUAGCUUUCCGUCUGUGGAUACAGAAGCCAAUAGGUGACACAAGUGCGAGGCCACAGUACCUUGCGAGGAGCAAUUCCCAGAAAAAACGUAUUGUUAAAAUGCUCAUAGCUUUGGUAAUCAUAUUCGGAGUUUGCUGGCUUCCGUUUUUUGCGGCACAAGUGUGCCAUCUGUAUCAUGAUAUGAACAGGGAAUUUCGGGAGACCUUGGCAAUCGUUCAUCUAAUUGGUUACUCCAAUUCCCUGCUGAACCCUAUUGUCUAUGGAUUUAUGAAUGGUAACUUUAAGAGACACUUAAAAGCCAUGUACAUCAAAUUUCGCAAACAGUCCUCAUUUCGACUUGGUCGUAAUCCAAAUAACAUAAACAUCACGGUAGAAAGUGUUAUGUGA